CUUAACUCCAGCAGCAACACAGUCAGAAACUCCAGCAGGAGCAACACCAUCAGAAACAGCCAAAUCAGUGGCUUCACUAAUGUCAAAGUCAGCAACAUCUACAACAGAGCCAUCCACAGGUGGAAAUCAAACCUAUGGCUCCUCAACAAGCCGACACACAACACCAACAAACAGUACAUCAGGUUCUAUUACAACGGGAGUGACAACCCAAACUGCAGGAUCUGUGGACACACUGGCCAUUACAACUCCCACACAGUCUGGUCCACUCACAGCUGAUAUACACGCAUCUACAACAGCCCUUACAUCAACACAAAUGGCAGCCUCUAUUACAGCAACACCAACUGAGCCUAUAGCAUCUACAAAGGAAAGCGUCACCACAACAAGGCAGACAACAUCACACACAGAAACAGGAUUCACAACACCAACAAAAACCACUGUAACAACAUCAGCGGACCAAGGUAACACAACAUCCCUGACAUCAAACUCAACCCCAACAUCAUUUCAAACCACAUCAAAUCAAAGAACCUUAUCAGGAAAAACACCAUCAGGGCAAAGUACAGGUGAUGAAAAAACAAACAUGCAAACAGAAACUUCUAUUUUAAAAUCAACAGAAAUACAAACAGAUGUCCCAAAACCAACCUUCACAGAAUCAUAUACAAGUGAAGGCACAACUCUUCAACCACCGGCCACAGCAUCCACAAAUGUGUCACCCACAUCUGUAACAAGACAAGCAACCAAGGAGGAAGGUAGCACUAUUGAUCGGUUUACACAAGAAUUGACAAAAUCUGCAGGAUCUGUGACAACUACUUCAGUAACAGCAACUCAGGCCAUGCCAUCUAUAGCAAAAUCAACCACGACACAAAACACUUCAUUGGAAACAUUUCAGAGUACACCUGAGGGAACAACGGAAUCACCAACACAUAUGGCUUUUCUAACAGGAUCUACCACAUCAGAAAUGGCACCAUCAAAAACAAAUGAAUGGUAUACAACUUUAAAUCAUUCUGCUGGAUCAACAGAUGAUAACAGUUCCACAUCAUCACAUGGUGAAUCAGUGACCAACACAAUAACGCAAACUACAACAACUUCAGUUGCAACAUUACAGAGUUUAUCAUCAGUCUUAACUCCAGCAGCAACACAGUCAGAAACUCCAGCAGGAGCAACACCAUCAGAAACAGCCAAAUCAGUGGCUUCACUAAUGUCAAAGUCAGCAACAUCUACAACAGAGCCAUCCACAGGUGGAAAUCAAACCUAUGGCUCCUCAACAAGCCGACACACAACACCAACAAACAGUACAUCAGGUUCUAUUACAACGGGAGUGACAACCCAAACUGCAGGAUCUGUGGACACACUGGCCAUUACAACUCCCACACAGUCUGGUCCACUCACAGCUGAUAUACACGCAUCUACAACAGCCCUUACAUCAACACAAAUGGCAGCCUCUAUUACAGCAACACCAACUGAGCCUAUAGCAUCUACAAAGGAAAGCGUCACCACAACAAGGCAGACAACAUCACACACAGAAACAGGAUUCACAACACCAACAAAAACCACGGUACCAACAUCAGUGGACCAAGGUAACACAACAUCCCUGACAUCAAACUCAACCCCAACAUCAUUUCAAACCACAUCAGAUCAAAGAACCUUAUCAGGAAAAACACCAUCAGGGCAAAGUACAGGUGAUGAAAAA